AGAUACAGCUGUUUCAUUCAUAAACCAUUUACCAAAUUUGACAUACGGAUUUACAUGUUUUUGCCGGCAUUUUACUGAGCUAAUUCUAAACAACUUUAUAUACAUUAAAUCAAAAUUAAUAUUUAUUUAUCGUGUAAAAAUGCGCUUGGUUAUACUGUACGGUAGUCAAACAGGCACAGCCCAAAGUGUGGCUGAGCAAAUUUGGCGCGAAUCAAAAACCUGGGGUUUUAGUGGCCCAGUACUACCAUUGGAUGAAUAUCCAGUAGAGCAAUUGAUUGAGGAGAAAUUGGCAAUUUUUGUCGUAGCCACCACAGGCAACGGUGAUGAACCUGAUAAUAUGCGCAAAACGUGGAAAUUUUUAUUACGACGUAGCUUAGCAGGGGAUUCACUGCAAAACCUGCAAUUUGCUUGUUUAGGAUUAGGUGAUUCCAGCUAUGCUAAAUUUAAUUUUGCAGCGAAAAAAUUAAACAAACGUCUGAUACAACUGGGUGGUACUAUGAUCCAGCCCAUAGGCCUCUGUGAUGAUCAGCAUGAUCAUGGACUUAGUGCUACCGCACUGCCUUGGAUUUCUGAGCUUUGGAAUAAUUUUAAGAUAUCGCUACCAUUUAAUGUUUUGAAGAAAAAUGGCAAUUCAAAGAACAUUUUUAAAUGGCGUUUGAAUUGUCUUGCCCAGGAAACUCCAUUGGUAGAUGAGGCUAAGUUGAAAUGGCCAUUAAACAGUGAAGCUAUAUGUUUUACCUUAAAGGAAAAUCGCCGAACCACUGAUGUAGGUCAUUUCCAAGAUGUACGUUUUCUCAGUUUCGAAUUUCCGUCUAAUGUUAAAUGGAAUGCUGGCGAUGUAUUAGAUCUACGACCUACUAAUUCCGAUGAACAAGUACAAACAUUUUUCGAAUUAGUCAAAGAACAUAAUUUGGAAUUUAACGAAAAUACGGUAGUGAAGCUAGAAACUGUGUACGACGAUAUGCCAGUGCCUUUGGCUUACGCGCAUCCUGUGAAUAUCGGUAUGUUAGCCAAGUAUAUUUGGGAUUUGAGCGCUUGUCCAAACCAGCGUGCAUUUGAACUGCUGUCGUUGAAUUGUGAAGAUGAAAUGGAAAAGGAAAAAUUGGAGGAAUUCGCCUCAAUUGAGGGUUUAGAUGACCUUAUAAAUUACGUGAAUCGCCCAAGACGUACAAUAUUAGAAGUUUUACAAGACUUCCGGUACAGUACUUCAAAAUUGAAACUCUCAAUUUUGUUUGAAAUGUUCACUGUCAUACAACCACGUAGUUUUUCCAUUGCUUCAAUGCCGUCAACAACUUCACUUGAUCUUCUUGUAGCAGUGGUUGAGUAUAAAACAAAAAUGUCAACGCCACGACUUGGACUUUGUUCAAAUUGGUUAAAAUCAUUGCCUAUUGGAAGUACUGUACUUGGUGUCAUUAAAAACGGUACAAUGACUUUGCCUACCGAGCUGGCAACACCAAUCAUAAUGAUAGGUCCAGGUACAGGCAUUGCACCUUUUCGGAGUGUAAUACAAUAUAGAAAGGAACAACAAAAAAGUGGCGCCAAAAUCGGCGAUUUGAUUGUUUUCUUCGGUUGCCGAAAUAAGACGAAGGACUAUCACUUUGUUGAUGAUUUUACCACUUGGCAAAACGAGACAUCUUGUGAAGUGUUUGUAGCAUUUUCACGUGAUCAAGAAAACAAAGUGUACGUUCAACAUUUAAUAACCAAAGAAAAAGACCGACUUAGUGAAUUAAUUUUGAAGAAAAUGGCUGUGAUAUUAAUUGCUGGCUCUUCGAACAAUAUGCCCAAAGCGGUACGUGAAGCGUUUAUUGAAGUGCUGGAUGGAGAUGAGGAAUAUUUGGAACGCAUGAUUAAAUGCCGGAGAUAUCAAGAGGAGACAUGGUCAUAA